AUGUUGUUGGAGACUGUCCUGUCUCUGAGCGCCACGUCCUGGCUGCUGGUGAUAGUGGGCGUGGUCACACUUAUUUACUUCCUGACCUCCGACAGAGACAACAGAAAACUCCCGCCAUCUCCAGGCCUGGCUUUGCCCAUCGUAGGACAUCUGUACAUGAUGGAGAGAAACCCUUUACAGCAGUUACGGAAAUGGAGAGAAAGGUUGGGAGACAUAUUCAUGCUUCGAAUGGGCAGCACUAACAUGGUGUUUCUGAACGGCCAUGACGUACUGAAAGAGGCGCUGGUCAAAAAGGCAGACGUGUUCUCAGACAGACCUCUGGCAGCUCUCAGACAUAUAUUUCCAGAUGUGGAUGUCUAUGUAAAAGAACUGCUCAAACACAAGGGACAGCCCACAGAGCUGAGGUCAAUCACCAACAUGAGUGUGUCGAAUGUCAUCUGCGCCAUUAUCUUUGGCAGGAGGUACGAACUUUACGACAAGCGGUUUGCUAAAAUGAUGGGCAUCUUCCAAGAGGUGCCAUCGCCGAUGCAGACGAAUCCAGUGGAGUCUGGCAUGACGGUGUCUUUGGAGGAGACGAGUGCGUCGAGGUGGGUGUCGGGCAACGAUUCAGUGGGCUUUCAAACGUCGACAAACGGUAAACAAUUUCUUGUAAUACCCCAGAUUUACAAAGAAAUCUGCGAACAUAUCGGAACACAUCGCGUUCCCACGAUACAGGACAAACCCAAACUGAAGUACUUGCAAGCCGUCAUCUACGAAACUCUGAGAUUGGCCAAUAUUGUACCACUGAGGAGGAGGGAGUGUUUGUUUUCUCUUACAUUUUUUUUCUGUUGCCCUUUUGUUCCUUCACCAUAUAUCAGCACGCACAUUGCUUUUUCUUUUCCCCCAAACAGCCUGACCCACAUGGUCACAGAGGACACUGAACUCAGAGGUUACGUCAUUCCCAAAGGCACCUUCGUAGUGCCCAAUCUGUACUCUGCCCUCAUGGAUGAAAAAGUCUGGGGAGAUCCUCAGAACUUCCGGCCAGAGAGAUUUUUGGACUCCCAAGAAAACAUUGUGAAGAGAGAAGAGAUGAUCCCGUUUUCAUUAGGUAAUGUGUAGACUUAAGUUUUGAACCCCUUCAUUGCUGAGAGUUUUCCUAUCUACGUUUGCACAGAAAAAGAUGAUAAUGUUCAUUCAAGAGAGUUAAACAAAGCCAUACUGUCUUUCAGAUUAAUCAUGACAAAGCAACAGCAUAAUCUGUAAUUACACCUUCUACAUCUCCCUCUAUAGUCCAGCAGAAACAUGUCAGUGAAUCAGAUUUUGGAAGAAAAAAACACCAAGUGAGUAUGUACUUCUACACAAUAGUUCAGGGGUUACAAAUAUUUGUUGC